GGCUUUCUGCUGCAUGGUGCCGUGCUAAGUCACUUGUGAGCCGCGAAUUGGCCGCGAACGGAAAUGUUGUGAAUUGUGAUCAGCGCGGUGGCUGUUGAAUGAUGAUUGGAGUCUCGGCAAUCCGUGUGGACAGUUUGAGUUGUUAGAAAGGUGGAUCAACAUAAAUGAAGAUUUCGUGGAACUUGGAAGUGGUGAGUGCCGAGUGGUGACAACCUGAAUCAUGAUUCUGUCUCGGUCAGUUCCUUGCUGAAUGCUGCGCGCGUCUUCAUCCCAGAGCCCAACCAGAGCCGCGCGCGCGGAGUUUUACCUAACUUGCAAGUUGCAAGUGUAGAAAGCCGAUUUGUUUUUCAAAUGAUGUCCUUGAAAUAACGAUCGAAGACUGACGAACAUUUACUCGCAAAAUGGCCUCGGACCCCUGCCGGAUCGCCGCGCCUACAGUGCUGGGCGGACGCCGACGGCAGAUCGGCGUGCGACGCUUCACCGCCGCCGCCGGGGUUGCUGAUAUCGGCGAGGCCACUUGUGGUGACAUGUCUCUGAUGGUGGCCAGUAACGGUCUGCUGGGCAGCGCGCCGGGGCCGGCCGCGCCGCCUCCGCCGCCUCCCACUGUCGCCCUGCCGCCCGUCGGCCUGGCGAGGUUGGACGCCAAGCGGCGCGACAGCGGCGACUCCGAGGCGCGCUCCACACACAGCUCCAGCAACAGUACCACGGAGGAGCACGCGCCCAACAAGAUCUUCGUGGGCGGCAUCAGCUUCCAGACGACGCCGGAGAAACUGCGGGCCUACUUCGCGCCGUACGGUACCAUCCUGGAUGUGAUGGUUCUCAAGGAUCCGGCUACAAACAGAAAUCGCGGCUUCGGCUUCGUCACGUUCGCCGACAUCGAGUCGGUGAACAAGGUGCUCAACCAGGAGGAGCACAUGCUGGACGGCAAGAAGAUCGACCCGAAGCUGGCCACGCCCAAGGGCCAGAAGGCGGCCGGCGAGCUGCUCAUCCCGAGGAAGGUGUUUGUCGGCGGAGUCAGCCAGGAGACCAACUCGCAGGAGCUGCUCGAGUACUUCACACAGUUCGGCAAGGUGCUGGAGUGCUCACUACAGAUGGACAACAACACCAAGCGGCACCGCGGCUUCGCGUUCGUAACGUACGAGAAUGAAGAGAACAGCGCGCGCGUCGUCAAGAAGCACCACCACGUCAUCAAGAACAAGACGGUCGAGUGCAAGUACGCGCAGCCGAAGGAGACGAUCCAGGCGACGGAGCGGGCCAAGCGGGCGCAGCUGAUCUCUGUGAUGCAGUCGGCGGCGGCGGCCAGCGGCCCGCUCUCCCCGCUGGCGGCUCAGAUGCAGCAGGUGCAGCAGCACUACUCGCGGGUGAUGACCGCCGGCGGGCCGGCCUUCUCGGGCCUCUCCAGCUUCCGGUACUCGCCGUACUCUGUGCCGGUGGCGGCGCCGUCCCCCUCGCUGGGCCAGCAGCUGGCCGGCGGCCUGCCGUCCGGCGUGGGCGCCAUGGGCGGCCCGGCGGCGCUCUCGGCGGCCGCCCUGCAGCCCACCGCCGCCGCCAUGCCCUACCAGUUCGCCAACAUCGACGUCUCGGGCCUGCAGGGCCUGGACUGGAGCGCGGCCGCCGCGCCCCUCUACGGCAUGUACACAGCCUAGUGGCGCGCCGGAGCGGCGACGUCGCUCACCGACGAGGUGUGUAUGCUGGAUGUCUUUCAUGGUUGUGGUAGACAGGCAGCAGCGUAGAGUAGCCGCGAACGUUUGCUCAGCCGGCGCCCGACUCCAGACGGCCGGACCGUGGCGGACAGAGAUUUCGAGACAAUAAGCAUAAGUUUUCUCAGGGGUUUUAAGUUAUUUAUUGUCGAUCCGUCGCGGUGGUGUGCGCGUACUUCCGACUACCGACAGGCAGGGCCGGGAAGGAAGAAAGGUGUCCGCUCAGAUCUCAUGUAGAGUCAGGUAGUACAACAAAGCGUCACAUCCGCAUCUUGCCAAACGGCCAUCUCCGAUUCCUACGCGCGGUGUCGCCCAGAACAGUGUGUUUAACUGUUGUGCGCCGCUUGCCGAGCUUGAGUGUAGUCACGAGCUGUUCAUGUAUAGCAGGUCUUCCACUGUCUGGGCGCCUGGCCGCGCUCCGGCGGACCCGUGGACGCCUCUGUUUGUCCCCGGCCGCCGCCGCAGUAUUCUUGCGCGAACCCUCGUGUGCACAGCAUAUCAGUCACUGGACCUCACGUGUUGUAGUAAUAACCAUGGCAAUAAGGGGCGGCGGCGGUGCCUGCCGGCGAGCCGGCCGUACCCUGACGCCGCUCCUGGCCACCCACCCGCGCGGCUCGGCUCGGCGGCCGGGCGGCGGCGGCGGCGGACCGGUCACCACCCACUCUGAGCUGCCGCCGCCGCCCGCCGGCCGCCGCGCCGCGCGCCCUCCGGUGCCAACCAGCACGGCGCGCCCACGUGCAGAGCACAAACUGUCUCAGUGCCAAAUACUCCCCUGUCUGCCCAUCUCUGUCUAACAUGUCGUCAUAGCAAUAACUCGCAGAUAGUCGUUUAGUUUUGUAAAUGCGUACUCGGUGUUCGGCCGGCCGUGGCCGCGCCCGAUCUCCCUCUGUAUUCGAAAGGAAUGUGUUUGGGGCGGCAGCGGCGGCCGCGGCGGGUCCGCAGCGGUCGGCCGCGCCCGCCGCUGCCUCCAUAGCCGUAGGUCUUUCUUGGCCGUGUCCCCGUUGCGGCCGUGCGAGGGCCUCCCGCGGCCGCCCUCCGUUCAGCAGUCUCUCUGUCUAUCUCUCUGAGCCCUCUGUGUAGCCCUCCUAUUACUAUAGUGGUCAACUUUGUGACUAGUUAGUCGUAGAGGCCGCGCGGCGGGCUGCGCCGACGCCGGCUGUUUUGUAUAUAACCCUGCGGUCGGGACUCGGCGCGCGGCCGGCCCCGUCGCCGUCGCCGCCGCGGACCUGGCAUGGGUCAGUCGUGUCGUGUAGAUCGCUAUGUAGUUGUUCAGUGGCUGAACUUUCGUUUCUCCUUUUAUCCUAGUUUCCAAGCAUUGUAGUAGUUCUCGGUGAAUAAACGUAGAUACGUAGUGAGGCUUGUGGGCUCUUCUCGAGCGGCGGUUAACCAGGGUCGGGGGGCAUGGGCGGGCGGCGCCGGCCAGGGCGCCCGCACCCGUCUGCUCGUCAGGUAGCUGGCCGGCGAGUCGGGCCGGCCAGUGUACCGCCUACCGGUAGUGCUUCCAGCUACAGUACCGGCAGUGCCGUGCCUAACAGCCAGCCUAGUGAGCGCUUGGCGGCCGCCCGCCGCCCAGCCAGCAUGCUCUCUCUAUCUCUGUUUCUGUCUCUCUGUGUCUGUGCGUGCCCAUGCUGCCGGCGCCGGGCGGCAGCCGGCGCGGUAGCAGUUCCCACCCGACACUCGCCGCCAACACUGAACACUCCGACACUCAGAGAACUCCUGACACUCACUCAGAGACUCGCUGACACUCAGAGGACCACGCCGGUUCGCUCAGGGACCGGUUAUUUUCAGGGAUUGGGCGGGGAGCGUUUGUACCGUUUUGUAUGCACUGUGUUUGUAUGAGGUGUCUAUUGGACCGCGGAGCCAGCCGUUGCUGCUCCGUCGCGACGACCAUCGAACUAAGUCUGCCUUAUUUUCAGUAUCUGUGCGCUCACCGGGUGUGCUGAGCCAGCCGGGCCGGUAAGAGGGAGCGACAUUCCAGAGGUGCUCUUCUAUCUAGUCUAGCCGCGGCAGCUAGAGGUCGAUUAGCUCUCUGUAGACGGCAGUUUUUGAUGAGAUAAUCAAAAGUCUGUGUUGGUAUGAGGGAGGGCGUGUGUAGGGGUGUCGAGCAGACCAGUAUUGGCCUGCGCUGGCGCCCGCAGUCGGUCUCAUACUGGACCGAUACGGGGGGCAAUGGUCCCGUAGGCGACCUCUCAGCUCCGGGGCGCAGCGGCCGCCGACUCAGGGCGGCCAUCGCCAGCCGCCCACAAAUCACACCGGACAGUCGUGUUGCCAUGGCGACGCCGAUGAUUUAUCGCCCCGGGCGCAAUUCGGUCGGCCGCCGAACUUGGGUGAGCUGGUGGCCCGCGCGGAGGCGCCGACGCCGCCCCCUAGUGCGGUCGAGGUGGGCGCCUCCGCCGGCGGCGCCGGCACCGAUCACCCAGCUUCCAGACAGCUCUGCCUUAUCUUUGCAGUGUGUGCGGUGCGUGUGCUGGUAUAUUCUCUAGGACCGGACGCGGGCUGCGACGCGCCGGGCACGUUCCUAGUCGCGAGCUGCCGGCCGGUCGGAGGGGGGCGGCGGCCGCGGCGCCGCGAGCUGCCGCCCACCCUCGCCGGUCCGGCUGCCAGUAGAAACUCCUGGUUGUGAUUUCCUAUAUAGAGGAUCGACAUAGGCGUGCAAUAUGUAGGCGCAACGUCCGGCCUAGCGGACGGUGUCGGUGUGUGCUCCCUAGAGAAUAAACGUUGACUAGCGGC